AUGUCUUCAGCCGUAUACUCCGAGGCGCAGGUCGCCCAGUUUCUCAAGCACCUUGAAAUCCCUCACGAGUUCUACGUCGGCAGCGGCAGCGAGCCUAUCCUGGACCAUGCCUUUCUCACUGUGCUGCACCAGCACAUGCUCUCCACGGUGCCCUACGACAACCUGACGCUGCACUACUCGUCGCACCGAGACGUGACUCUCGACCCGCAGGCGCUGUUUGACAAGAUUGUCGGCGGCGGCCGUGGCAGGGGAGGUUAUUGCAUGGAGAGCAACUUGUUCUUUUGUUACAUGCUUCGCGCUCUCGGCUUUCAGGUGUAUCCCGUGGGAGUAAGAGUGAGACUCCGUAAGGACGGUGUUCCUCAUGGUGGAUAUCCUGGCUGGGUUCACAUCGUCAAUAUCGUGACGCUCCCGGACAACACCCGUUGGGUCCUCGACGCCUCUUUCGGCGGCGACGGCCCCACGCAGCCGAUGCCGCUGGUCGAGGGCGCCGAGUGGCGCAACAUGGGCACGCAGGACGCCCGGCUCAUCAAGGACUUUAUCCCGGGCCAGACAGAACUCACGGCGGGCCGUCGCCUGUGGAUCUACCAGUGCCGCAACGCCGCCGACCAGCCGUGGGCGAGCCUGUACGCCUUCAGCCACUCAGUCGAGUGGCUGCCCGCCGACUUUGAGGUCUCCAACUGCUACACGGGCACCAGCACGCGGAGCUUCCAGACGUCGACAGUGCUGGUGGUUAAGUUUCUACGGAGGGCCAAGGUGGGAACACCCACGGGUGAGGAGGUUUAUGGCAAGAGGAUGUUGAUCAACGAGGUGAUCAAGGAGAAUCUUGGCGGCAAGACGGUGGUGGUGAGGGAGUGUAAGAGUGAGGCGGAGAGGGUGGAGGCUUUGAAGGAGUACUUUGGAAUUGAGCUGACGGCAGAGGAGAAAGAGGCUAUCAAGGGGCAUCAGUCCGAGAUUAAGGGUGAAUAG